AUGUAUCAGGCACACACUGCUGAUUAUAUAAAAGAAUGCUUUGAAAAUAUUACCGAUGAGUUUUCAAUGGAAAAGGGUUGCAUCUUAUCAAUUACCACUGAUGGUGGUGCUAACAUGGUUGCUGCAGUGAAGAAAUUUUUGGAAGAUGGAAAAAGAAUUCCUUGCAUGGCACAUUUGUUGAGUUUAAUAGUGGAUGGCGUAACAAGAGAUAAUGCACCAGUUCUUCAAAUUUCCAAUCGGGUCAAAGCCAUUGUAACAUAUUUCAAACAAUCUGUGAACGCAAUGGAUGAUUUGCGAAGAGAACAAAAGGGACAAAAGAAAGAGGGAGAAGAAUUAACACUUAUACAAUCAGUAAGCACAAGGUGGAAUUCUUGUCUUGAUAUGUUGGAAAGAUUCAAUACAUUAUCAGCUAUUGUGGCUAAGAUUUUGGCAACCAGGCGGAACGCACCUGAUAUGAUAACUUCUUCAGAGUUAGGUGUCAUACGAGAUCUGAUAAUAUUGCUUACCCCAUUUAAGCAAGCUACUGAAGAAAUUAGCGGCGAUCAGUACGUGACUUCAAGUUUGGUGAUUCCCAUUGCAAACUUACUUCAGAGAGGCCUUGAACAAGUAAAACCUUUCACCGAAUUUGGUAUUGCUGUUCAGAAGAGUUUGCUAAAUUUAGUUAUUGCAAAACUAGAACCACCAGAGCGACAUUUACAUACAUCUGGCCAAAGCAACAAUUUUAAACCCACGCUUUAAGCGUAUUCAUUUUAGUUCAGCGCUAGCUGUUUCCACUGCAAUAACCGAACUGUCAAAAGAAAUACGUUUAGAACAUAGACGUAGAGGACAACUUUCGCCUGAACUCAGACCAACUCGCACUACCAUAAUUCCAAAUUCCAAAAAUUCUUCGCCGUCGUUGUGGUCCGGACAUGAAAAAUUAUGAUAGAUAUUGCUGCAGCUUCAGCAAACUCUUUACUUUCAACUUCAACCAGUGAUGGCAUGCCUAGCGAACUAAAGCAAUAUCUAGAUCAGCCUAUAAUACCCAGAAAAGAGAAUCCAACAAAAUUCUGGUUUGAUUGUCGUCAUUUUACCCCAGUCCUUUCCGACAUAGCUCUAAAGUAUUUGAUAUCGCCUGCGUCCUCGGUUUCCUCGGAGAGAGUGGCAUCUGCUGUGAAUCUCGCAGUACCCAAUAAUAGAAGUUGGCUUACA